AGAGAAGGAAUGAUCACCUUUGGACUGGAUUGCUGGUACAUAGGCUGCUGCUCUCAAAACUAGUACUAAACAUGCUUCUCAACCAGAAUGCUAAAUGUGUUGCCCUUUUAAUAUUUAAGUGAAGUAAAUAUGAAUAACAGAAAAGUGAACAGUGACGAAAUGAGUUCUGAAGACAAGGAAAAUCAGUCUUUCGAAGCACAUGAAAGCACAGUGAAAACGCCUCUGAAACAGACAGCUACCUCCAAUCAGCUCUUGGCAGAGAUCCAGCCUGCUGCUUUUGGCCAUCUAACAACACCACCAAAGCCUAAUGAUAUUUCUCCUGGAGACCCAUGGACGCCGACAGCUAACCUUAAAAUGCUGAUCAGCGCAGCAAGUCCUGAGAUUAGGAAUCGAGAACAGGAGAAAAGAUUGUCAGACAGCAGAAGUGAAAACCUUGAGGAUCGUUUAUCAGGAGAUGAAUAUGAGAAAUCCCAACCAAGCCGUAAAGAGAAAAGCCUAGGAUUGCUUUGUCACAAAUUUUUAGCUUGCUAUCCUAGUUACCCUAAUACUUCUAAAAACAAUGACAUUUGCCUUGAUGAAGUGGCUGAAGAACUUAAUGUUGAGCGGAGGCGUAUCUAUGACAUAAUGAAUGUUCUAGAGAGCCUCCACAUGGUGAGCCGACUUGCCAAAAACAGGUAUUCGUGGCACGGGCGUCAUAAUCUUAAAAAAACGCUACAGGUUUUGAAAAAAGUGGCCGAGGAAAGCAAAUACACAGAGCAACUUGAAUUGAUUAAAAAAAGAGAAUUUGAACAAGAGCCUGAGGAGGAUGGCAAGAAGAUUAGGUUAAUGGCGAAGGAUGCUGGGCCAGACAUUCAAACCGACAUAUGCUUUGUGGAACUUCCAGGGAUGGAGUUUCGAGCAGCUUCAGUAAACAGUCGUAAGGACAAGUCUUUAAGAGUGAUGAGUCAGAAAUUUGUGAUGCUGUUUCUUGUAUCAAGCCCCCAAGUUGUGAGCCUUGAGGUUGCUGCUAAAAUUUUGAUUGGGGAAGAUCAUGUUGAGUACUUGGAUAAAAGCAAAUUUAAAACUAAAAUUCGGCGGCUGUAUGAUAUUGCUAAUGUUCUCAGUAGCCUUGAGCUGAUCAAGAAGGUUCAUGUUACAGAAGAGAAGGGCCGCAAGCCAGCAUUUAAAUGGACAGGACCAGCUGUUUUUUCAGAUAUUCAGGGUACACAGUCCGCUCUUACGCCUGCCAUGAUUAGUACAUCUCAUCCUCUGGAAGGGAAACCUUCCAAAGAGAAUUGUUCCAAGAACCUCUUCCCUACUAGAAGCAAGCAAGGCUUCACACGGCAUCCAUCCUUAAUCAAACUGGCAAAGAGUAUACAAAAUGAUCAGAGAAAGAUUCGUUCUGCUCCAAGCAGUCCCAUCAAGAAGAAUACAAGUCACAUUCCAUCAAGCUUUCCAAACAAGAUGGCUCAACUUGCAGCAAUCUGCAAACAGCAAUUAGAUGAGCAGACCAGGGGAUUCAAAAAGAUAAACAUGAGACUGGACCAUCCUCCUAUGCCUUGCACUCUGGCUUCGCCUCCUGAAUCUUGUUUGAAAACCAAACCAUUCUUGUUGCCUUCUCAGACUGAGAUCCCACCUCUGAUACCCAACUCAGUAUCUCCAGCAAUACUACCUCCAAUCCAUUCCAAUGUGCCGUAUGCAGUGUAUUUGCAUCCUUCCCAAACGCAGGUUGUGACUGCAUACAAUCCAGGUUUCCCAGUACAGCCUGUUCCCUGUGCUAACACAGUGAGAAUGAAGUUUCUGGUGGAGGCUAGUUCACGUGUAGUCCCGGGUCAACGGCUUACUGAAGAUAAUGGCAGUAGUUUAGAAGACGGUGAUAAAGGUGCUGAUGCUAAAGACUGGAAAAUCUGGCUGCCUAAGGAGCAGGAAAAAACAAAAGAUGUCUUGAUGCCUGAUAAAUGUUUUAAGAGAUGUAAAACAUUACUGGAGGAUAGUCCAACUAAAAAAUGUAAAAGUGAUGAGGCGGACCUUCAAGAUGUGCUUCUGGGAGAAUCUGUUAAGAUUAAAAAAGCCCAGUCUUCCAUAGGUUUCCAUCUAGACCAGGGACUUAGCUUAAUUGUGACAGUACAGCAAAGAAAAUUGGGGGGAAAUGACAAACGCUUGGAAUGUCAAUAUAAGCAGCAGAAGCAGGAAGGUCGUUCAAAACACGAUAGAAUCCCCACAACACAGGGGAAGCCUGAAGCACUUGCAGCCCAUAAGUACAAGACUUGGCUUCCUUCAGGUUACCUUAUACCUCUUCCUCAGUGUACCAAGCUUGUCAGUGAGACCACUCUCUUGAGCAAGGGGAAAGCUGAGGGAUCUGUAGGAGAACAUAAAUCCUCCAGUUCCCCCACUGCCGGUGGUAUUCCAGUGACAUCUGACUUAACAGCAGUCAACUUCCCUGCUUUUCAUAUAGCACCUCUGAACCUAAUGCUACCACCAUCUUCUGUAGCUGCCAUACCUGUGGUGAAUAGCACUACCAUUGCUUCAGCCCAGACUAGUCCUAUCCAAGCUCCAAGCUCUUCUGUUCUGAACUUUACACUACAAAACUUAGGACUGAUACCAGCCAGUAUACAAAUGCCUGCAAAUCAAGUACUUGGAUCUGCCCUGAUUUUCCAUGGAGCAGAGCAGGCUAGUUCCGUCCCCAAAAGUGUAGGCUUGAAACAAGGGGAAGCACUUCAGAAUGUCCUGCCAAAGUACAGCUGUGAUUUAAAUGGAAAGCCGGUUCUGGCAAUUCCUUUGCAGCAGACCACUGUUCCAAUGGCACCCAGAGAUUCUGAGAAAGGCAAUGAAAACAUCUUUCAAAUGUCAUCUGAGUCGGCCAUGGUUCCUGGCUUUUGUUCAUCUUCUUGUGAAUCGGAUGGAAUUUCCCAAGGAACAUUGGGUAUUGCACUAGGAGAGUUUGAUGUGUCGCCAAAAGAUAAAAUUUGA